AGCCGCGGCCGCCGAAUCUGAGCGCGCCUGCGCGCCUGUUGCCGGCCUCGCGCGCGCGCUUGCGCACGGCCGCCGCGGCGGUGCCUGAGCCGGCGAGUGGCGGCGGGCUUCGGUGCCCACAAGGCAUGCCCCCCGAGCCCAGCGGUGGCGAGGCUACCGCAGAUGGCGGGGAGGGUGGAGCCAUCGCGGAGGACUCUGCACCCAGCGCUGGCGGCACGGCUGACGUCAAGGGCGCGCUAGACGUCGCGAUGGCCGCCGACGCGGACGGGCUUACUGUGCUGCACGUAUCCUGCCGGGACUUCAACAAGAUGACGGGGCAGAAGGUGCAGAAGUGGCUCUCAUGCAAGAGUCAGGCGACGCUGCACAAGGUAUUCAAGCUGCCCAAGUGGAUGUACGCCUUUGUUAGCGUGUCGCCAGACCAGGCUGAGCAGUUCAGGAAGGAAGUCGGCGGAGUAAUGUACUCGAAGCAUACCGUAACGGUCAAAGAAGGGCACCCCCGCGACGCGAACAGCAAGAUGCCCCAGGACAAGCCAGAGGGUGAGCCUGCAGCGAAGCGUCAGAAGGUGAAGGACUUUCCAGAUGGUUACGUGCCGACCCUGAAGGACCUGAAGGACCGCGUCGCCAAGCGGAAGGGCCCGGGCCAGGCUGGCGAGGAGUCUAUCAUUCAGAAGAGCGCGCCCCUGCUGUCGUGGCCGUACGAGACCCAGCUCAGCAUGAAGGGGACCUACGUGAAGAGCGCGGUGCGUGCCUUCACGAAGGCGGUGAAGAAGCGCUGCGAGGACCGGGGCGAGGAUGCGCCGCCGUGGACUUCGCCAGAGUGGUCGCACAACGCUGGCGCGCCCGUCGGUUGUGGCUGCCCGCUCGACGACGCGAUUGGGACCCCGGCCGCUGCACUGCAGGGCUACCGCAACAAGUGCGAGUUCACGAUCGGAAACACGGCAGACGGGCAGGCCGAGGUCGGGUUCGUCCUCCGGGCCGCCGCAGACGGGGACCAGGUGAUUGCCAGCCCCGAGGAGAUCCCGCACGUGCCGGAGGUGAUGAAGCGCAUGUGCGCGGCGCUGCGCGCCUGCGUGCGGCGCUCUGGGCUGCCCGUGUUCGACAGGCGCAGGGGCGUGAAGGCCGGGGUCUGGCGAACGGUCAUGGCCCGCCUGUCGCCCACGGGGGACAUGCUGUUGCUGGUCCAGACGGCCACGCUGGCCGAGGAGACGCGGCAGAAAGUGGAGCGGCUACUGCUGGAGGACCUGAGGCCCGAAGGGUGCCCAGACCAGUUCGGAGUGGUGUCGAUCUACCUCCAGUUCAACGACGAGGUGACCGACGCCGCCAGACCAGACGUACCACUGCUGCACGUGCACGGACAGCAGCGGCUCCAGAUGCCACUGCUCGGCCUGAAGUUCGACUUGGGCCCUCUCUCGUUCUUCCAGGCAAACAGCGCCACAUGUGAGUCCCUGUACGGGAAGGCCAUCGAGUGGCUGCGACCGAGUGGAGCCCUCAUGCUGGACGUCUGCUGCGGCGUCGGCACCAUCGGCCUCUGCGCCGCGAGCCAGUCGCUCAGGGUGAUCGGCGUGGAGCUCGUGCCGGAGGCGGUGGAGUCGGCCAGGCGGAAUGCCAGGCUGAACGGGAUCGAGAACGCUGAGUUCAUCGCUGGCAAGGCGCCCCAGAGUGCCGCUCCCCACUCGUGCGCCCGAGCUCUGGUCAGCUCCAGAGAGGUCCAUUCCGUCGAGUCAUCGUAG